CCGUAUCGUAGUUGAAGACCUCCUUUCAAAUCCCCAAAUUUCCCGAGGUUUGAAUUAGGGUUUAGCUCCAGCCGAGAAUGAUGCAGCAGCCAGGAGGAAUGGCACCACCACCUAUGGGGAUGGAUCAGCAGCAGCCCCCUCAGCAGCAGUGGAUGACGAUGCCGCAGCAGCCGCAACCGCAGCCGCCUCACUUCUGGCCUCAGCACCAGCAGCAGCAACAACAACAACACUACGGUGCGCCGCCAACCAACUCCGCUGCUGGUGGCGCCGCCGAUGAGGUUCGAUCUCUAUGGAUUGGUGACCUUCAGUACUGGAUGGACGAGGCCUAUCUCUCUUCGUGCUUCUACAGCACUGGCGAGCUAGUAUCCGCUAAGGUGAUUCGCAACAAGCAAACAGGGCAAUCUGAGGGGUAUGGCUUCCUGGAAUUUAGGACUCAUACUGCUGCUGAAACUAUCCUGCAAGGAUAUAACGGUGCGCUGAUGCCUAAUUCUGAACAGAGCUUCCGACUGAACUGGGCUAGUCUUGGUGCGGGAGAUAAGCGUGCAGAUGACUCUCCCGAGUACACAAUUUUUGUGGGAGAUCUGGCGGGUGAUGUGACAGAUUAUGUCCUGCAGGAAACAUUCAAGGCUGUGUACCAAUCUGUUAAGGGUGCUAAAGUUGUUAUAGAUAGGUUAACUGGACGCUCAAAGGGUUAUGGAUUUGUUAAGUUUGGGGAUGAGAGAGAGCAACAGCGUGCUAUGAGUGAAAUGAAUGGUGUUCUCUGUUCAACUAGGCCCAUGAGGAUUGGUCCUGCUGCUAACAAAAAACCUAUGAAUGCACCAACUCAGAACGCUUCAUAUCAAAAUCCUCAAGGAUCCCAGGGCGAAAGUGAUCCCAAUAAUACAACAAUAUUUGUUGGUGGUCUAGAUCCCAACGUGACCGAUGACCAUUUGAGACAAGUAUUCUCCCAGUAUGGUGACGUGGUACAUGUAAAAAUACCAGUUGGAAAGCGUUGUGGAUUUGUUCAGUUUUCUGAUAGGUCAUGUGCUGAGCUAGCUUUAUCAAACUUAAAUGGUACUCUACUAGGAGGGCAGAAUAUCCGUCUUUCAUGGGGACGCAGUCCUUCAAACAAGCAGACUCAGCAAGAUCAAAAUCAGUGGGGUGGGGGAGCUUACUACGGAUAUACACAGGGGCAUGAGGUGCAAGGUGGAUUUGCGCCACCACAAGACCCAAACAUGUAUUACGGAGGCUAUCCUGGAUAUGCAAACUAUCAACAACCACAACAGUGAUUGCUGGAGAACAGUUGGAGCUUUUGCCUUGCUGAGUGUGUCUUAUUAUAUGAUAUUGCCAAGUCGGAUCGGACUUAUAUCUAAUAAUAUAUUGUGCUACUGUAUUUCGGUUUUGUUUUACGUCUUUUCUCCCACCUCUGGUUUGGUGGUUUUCUUAGUAAACUACAUGUAUAAUUGUAGCUCUUUGCUUAUGUUGGGAUGAAUUGGUUGCAUAUGGAUUGCAUGCCUUAGUUUUGA